AUGUCUGCCGUUCAGCCGGUUGCCGUCUAUGCCCUCCGGGUUCCUCCCGGUGUUAUGGUGCCCGCUGUGCCUAAUGCCGCCGCCUCGUUCCGUGUGAGCAUGGCUGCUAUCGACCCCGAUGAGGAGCCUGAGUUCGAUGACGGCGAUUCCAGCAAGCCUGGUCGCGCAACCUUGAAGAUUGUUCGCCCUCCUCCCGGUCUCGACAUGGGCGAUUCCGAUGACGAGGACUACAGUGAUGAUGAGGACUACGAUGAUGAGGAGGACUCUGACGACGAGGAGGUCAAUGGUGGCCCCAGCGACAAGGAGAAGGCCCGCAAGCUUAAGCAGGCCGCCGCCCAGAAGGAACUCGAGGAGGCCAUGGAGGAGGACGAUUCCGAUGACGAGGAGGAUGACGGUGGCUUCGACCUCAAGGCUGCUAUCUCCAAGCUGAUCAAGGGCAAGGGUCCUCUCACUGAUGACGACGACGAGGAGGAUGACGAGUCUGAUGAGGGCCUGGACCUUGACGAGAACGUUAUUUGCACUCUGUUCGCUGACAAGAACUGCCAGCAGCCCCUUGACAUCGUCGUCUGCGAGGGCGAGCCCGUCUUCUUCAAGAACACUGGUAACCAGACCGUUUUCCUCACUGGUAACUACGUUAUUGGCCUCGAUGAGGGCCACGACCACGACCACGAUGAGGACGAUGAGGACGACUACGACCUCUCCCCCGAUGAGGAUGAGCUUGACAUGGAGGAGCUGAUGGCCCUCGAUGAUGACGAGAGCGACGACCUGGAUGGCAUGGAUGACCCCCGUAUCACUGAGGUCGACAGCGAGGAGGAGGCCCCCAAGUUGGUUGAGGCUAAGGCCAAGGGCAAGGGCAAGAAGCGUGCCGCCGAGGAGGAGGAGACCCUCGACGACAUGAUGGCCAAGGGUGCCAAGGGCAAGGCCGCCAAGGAGGAGCCUGCUCUGACCAAGGCUCAGCAGAAGAAGCUGAAGAAGAACAACGGCGACGCCGCCGCCGUUGAGCCCAAGAAGGAGACCAAGGCCGACAAGAAGGUUCAGUUCGCCAAGAACCUGGAGCAGGGUCCUACCCCCAACGGUGACAAGCCCACUGGUACCCUCGGCGUCAAGGAGGUCAAGGGUGUCAAGAUCGACGACAAGAAGCUCGGCAAGGGUGUCGCUGCCAAGAGUGGCAACACUAUCGCCAUGCGCUACAUCGGCAAGCUCGAGGACGGCAAGGUCUUCGACUCCAACAAGAAGGGCAAGCCCUUCACCUUCAAGCUCGGCAAGGGCGAGGUCAUCAAGGGUUGGGACAUCGGUGUCGCCGGCAUGGCCCCCGGUGGUGAGCGUCGCAUUACCAUCCCUCCUCACCUCGCCUAUGGCAAGAAGGCCCUCCCCGGCAUUCCCGCCAACUCCAAGCUGAUCUUCGAUGUCAAGCUGCUUGAGAUCAAGUAA